AUGAAACUGUUACGACUAUUUUCGUCCACCUCCUCCCCUGUCCAAAAAGCAGCGCCAUACUUGAAGAGUUCAAAUUCCAUUGCGUCCGCCAAAGAGCUUCAUGGUCAUCUCAUCAGAACUCAAAAACACUCCGACCCUUUUGCUAUUUCAGAGGUUAUUAGAUGCUACUCUCUCUUUCCGACGUCCAUACACAAAGCUAUUCUUGCUUUUAAUCAAACUCAACAACCAACAUUGCCAAUUUGGAAUUACAUGAUUCGUGGGUUGUCUAAGAGUGAUCGACCCAUUGAAGCACUCCACAUGUAUGACCGAAUGCGUCAACAAGGAUUCUUUGGAAACAACCUCACUUUCAUUUUCAUCUUCAAGGCUUGUUUACAGCUUUCGGGUAUUGUACUUGGAGGGGCAGUUCAUGUUAAUGUUCUGAAACUUGGGUAUCAUUCGUAUUUGUAUGUGUGUAAUGCUUUGAUUUAUAUGUAUGGUUCUUGUGGUGAUUUACCUGGUGCUGGAAAGGUGUUUGAUGAAAUGUCUGAGAGAGAUUUAGUGUCAUGGAACUCAUUGAUUUGUGGGUAUAGUCAAUGUAAUAGAUAUCAUGAAGUAUUGGGUCUUUUUGCUUCAAUGCAGGCAGAAAAUGUGAAGGCGGACUCAGUGACAUUGGUGAAAGUAGUGCUAGCUUGUAGCUAUUUAGGGGAUUUUGACACUGUGGAUUCUGUGGCGAAGUAUAUAGGGGAUAGUUGUGUGAGAAUUGAUGUAUACUUGGGGAAUACAUUGAUUGAUAUGUAUGGUAGACGUGGAUUAGUUAUCUUAGCCGAAGAAGUCUUUGCUAAGAUGGAGGAGAGAAAUGUGGUUUCAUGGAAUGCCAUGAUAAUGGGGUAUGCUAAAGCAGGGGAUUUAAUGGCUGCAAGGGAACUUUUUGAUAAGAUGCCCAACAGAGAUGUUAUUUCUUGGACUUCUAUGAUCACAGGAUAUUGCCAAGCUAAUCGAUUUUCAGAUUCUAUUGCACUUUUUCAAGCGAUGAUGGCAAUUAAGGUUAAGCCUGAUGAAGUUACAGUUGCUAGUGUGCUUUCUGCUUGUGCACGUUUAGGUAGAUUUGAUGUGGGUAAGGCAGUGCAUGAUUAUGUUCGUCAGCAUGACAUUAAAAUGGAUAUUUAUGUGGGGAAUGCACUGAUGGAUAUGUACUGCAAAUGCGGAUCUGUUAAUGCAGCCUUGGAAGUGUUUUUGAGCAUGGGCAAAAAGGAUACUGUUUCUUGGACGUCGAUAAUCUCUGGCCUUGCAGUGAAUGGCUUUCAAGAUAAUGCUCUUCAGCUCUUCUCGCAGAUGUUAGGAGAAGGUUGUAAGCCAACUCAUGGUACUUUUAUUGGGGUACUACUUGCUUGUGCUCAUGCAGGUUUGGUGGACAAAGGUUUGGAAUACUUCGAGAGUAUGGACAAAUGUCAUGGAUUGGUGCCAGAAAUGAAGCAUUAUGGUUGUGUUGUUGAUUUGUUGUGCCGCUCUGGUAAUUUAAAUAGAGCAUUUGCAUUUAUAAAUCUUAUGCCUAUGGUGGCAGAUGUGGUUUUGUGGAGAAUGUUGCUUAGUGCUUGUAAACUUCAUGGUAAUGUGGUUCUUGCUGAAAUUGCUACAAACAAACUUCUUCAAUUAGAUCCUGAAAAUGGUGGUAACUAUGUUCUGUCAUCAAGCACUUAUGCCACUGCAGAGAGGUGGGACGAUGCAAUGGAAAUAAGGCAAUUGAUGGAUGAGGGCGCAGUACAGAGGCCACUAGGCUGGAGUGCAAUUGAAGUAGAUGCGAUUGUCUAG